AUGCCGCCAACGCUGCCAUCUUCUCUAUCUCCUCAUGUUACAACCAUCAUAUCAGCAGACCUUGUACAUCUCUUAACGACUUCGUCUUUGCCGCCUUUGCAUCAUAUUUUGCAAUCAUACUCGCCUCUGCGACAAGUUUCGACGCUCACGACGGCCCUCACACCUGUGCAGCACACAGCGUUCCACCUCCGAUUCACCAACCUCGAGGAAGUAGAGCUAGCUUGCAAAGAAGAUGAAGAGACACGUGCGAGUCGCUUUAUCGAUUGGCUUGGAACACGGAUAGCCCGCCGUGCGCCGAAAUGGGUGGACGAAGUGAGCCAACGACCACCAGAAACUUCACAUACGCGUAUGCCAUGGUGGGACGAUCUCAAGAAAUGUGUUGAAGGAGACUGGAUACCGUCGAGAUCCGAAGGAUGGAACCAUCCUGUUGCAGUGAUCUACGCGGUAUCUACCAUGGCACCGAAUCCUCUUCAGGCAGUCUCGCUUCUUUACUCGCGUCCAUUAGACCUUCCACCCUGGGUGGAGUCUUCGAUCCUACGGUAUAUUCUCAUCAUUCAUCCCAAGAAUUCUCCUCUCAAUAAUGACGAAUGUACCGCUCUAUACAACGCAGUUAAAAAGCAGUAUGGCCUGCACGUUCAUGUGCUGAACCUCGUUCUUGAGCCCGGUCCAAAGCCGAUACCAAUUAUAUCCCUUCCUCCACAACUGCCUCUUCCGGAAUCCGUCCGACAGCCCUAUACCGUCCCAGAUACUAGCGAGCUUUUGAUGUCCGACAGUGAUGCCCAAGCCACUGGGAAGUUUGUCCGAGAGUUCCUCACCCAAAGCUUGAUCCCGUGGAUGGAAAAGAACGUCAUGGAGUGGAAUGAAGCGUUCAACAGCAAGGGCUUACCUUCGCGACUCUUCACUUCAACAAGGAGACUCUUUGGAUCCUCUACAGUGACUCCUUCUACGCCAACGACCGGAAAGUCGUUCAGUCCGACAUCCCCAGCCACAGCGUCAAUCAGCUCUCCGUCACCACCCCAACAUCGUCGCCUGGCGGAGUUUGCAACGUUCCUCGGUGACUUCAAACUAGCAGUAACAGUGUUCGAAAGCUUACGUAGAGACGGAAAAGGAGGAACCGCAGUUCUUCCGUUGAUGUUGGCCCCCGGACCGAUACUCGUCUCACAUGCGGCACAGGCUCUGGCUCCAGUAUCCAUACACGAGCCGUCGGCGACGGCACUUUUAAACGCCCUCGUAUGUGCGGUUCGCUGGGAAACCGGAAUCCAGGACUUUCUCCAGAUCGGAGGCGAGCGAUGGCUCGCUUGGGCAGCGUCUACGGCAGACGAAGCACCUACAGCGCUUUUGUUAGGACAUGCCGCGCACUUGAGCAAGCUAAAGGGAAGCAAACGAAGAGCCGCCCUAUGGUAUGUCAUGUCGGCGCAUCGUUUAGAGAAAGUUGGCAUCAAAUCGCUCACCGCGCAUUUCCUACGAGAAGCUCGAGCUCUCUACGAAUCUCCUCCUGAAAAGCUUCUUUCCCCGGCGUACGCGGAGGCUGAGCAGUGGCCUAAAGAUAAUAAAACUUUCUCUACUGGCACGCUUCCCCUAGUUCUUGCAAACAUCGAGCAUUCUCUUGGUCGGAUACACUACAGUAGUGGUGAUACAGAAGCGGCUGUGCGGCUUUUCCUUGGGCUCCUGCGCUACUCCAUCCAGGUGGACGCCACAGACAUGGACUCUGUAAUCAUCGAUGAUUUCAAACAGGCGCUGGAACAUUUAGAGUCGACCCACACAGCAGUGGAGCUACCAAAAGAUCUAACUCUUCCCAUCCGCUUCUGUGUGGCAUCGGAGUCCACCGUCAGGCUCAACGACCAGAACGAAGCUCCUCACUCGAAAGAUCAAGAUAUUUGGACUCAACUCGAGACCAACUGGACAGCGUCCCAGCUCAGAAAGAUAAAGCUUGAGCAUCCACAGGCAGAAGUUAAUCGCCAGUUCUGGCUGGAUUUGGAACUGGAAAACCCGCUUGAGACUGCCGUAUUACUCAAGCGUUUCAUGCUCGGGACCAAGGUGUCCGUAGCUGGAACAGAACGUGGAGGAGAUGAGGUCGCGACUUGUCAACUGAUAGACGAAGUUUACCUCUACCCUCGGGAGAAGAGGAUGGUACCAAUUUGCAUUACGCCUCAUGUGGCUGGGACCCUGCUUCUCUUCGAAGCCCGAUAUUACUUCCUAUCUAGUCUCCCUGUCGUCGAGCCGAUAGCUGUCAAGGGCAAGAGACUUAAUGACACACUUGCCCAACGCCAAGAGGUCACAUAUGCCCCAUCUCAACCGAUUAAAGUUCCUGUGCGUAGUGGUGGUUGCAUUGUGGCAGUGGAGCUAGUCAACGAAGAGGAUGAGGAGGAAGAUGACCUGGUCUGUGUGCAAGGCGAAAUCUGCCAGUCGACUAUGCGGAUCACGAAUCGGGGGGUGGAGGAGGUGCGCGAAAUUUGGAUGACGACAGGAGAUUCGGUCUUUAUUUGGCUGGAUACGACUCGUAGCGAGAAAGCCACCUUCGACUCAUCAUCUGGCGCGGCUCAAGAAGCUUUUACGUUUUCAAACCACGGGGAUGACUCGACCUCAUUCCUUCUUCCUCUGGAACAGCUUUCUGGCAACAAUGUGCUAAGUCCAGGUCACUUUGUGGACGUCCCCAUCCUACUGUAUGCACCAGAAGUCACAGAUAAAGGCCUUAAUGUUCUUUUUACCUAUUCCAGCGUUCGGAGAUCAAUCAUUCUAUUACACCCAAUUUGCUCGCCCUUUUCAGGCAGUCCCGGCAUUCGAUAUAACAGCUACCGUUCAGACGUCUCCUACAACCCCUAUCCUUAUAUACUACGGGUUGAGGUAGAAAAUGUAUCUGAAGAUCUCGAGUUAGAAGUAAUGCAAAUCAGUGGACUCAGUAUGUUCUGGGAACUCUCGUCAUCUAUACCGUUCACAUCUGCGUCACUUCUUCCCUACCAAAUACUCAAGAGCUCCUUUGGGAUCCAGUACAAACCCGACAUGAAGCCAAAUGAAAUCCAGUCGCUCAUGGUGGCGAAGCUUGCCGAGUUUUUGACCGCCAAAUCACCUCCCAAGCGAGAUUAUCCAGAGGCAUUGUUACAUCUCAGUCACCUUGCCAUGAACUCUUUCUCUCUCUGCUCUCCAUCCCUAAAGCACUUUAUCUUGUCUACGAGGAGAAAAAAUCACAUCCAAGCGCUCACCGAGGCUUUCCCAAUUGUCCCUCGGCGGGUACUACAGAACCUUUUCCCCCUUUACGGCCCAAACACGCUCGACCUGGUACUAUUAUGGAAAUCGCCCACUUCUUCGCGCUAUGGCAUUCUUCUCAAAUCCAAUAUCCAAGUCGGAGUAGGCCAUGGUUUGCUCGAACCGGUCCUCGAGCGCGUUGCGCAGAGCAAAGGAAAGAGUAUGUACGCAGAAACGAUGAGGGAGAACGAACUCCUUUUGCAACACUUUAGAGAAUGCGAAUGGAAUCGCGAGACGGAUCCGCUGGUUGUAGUUGCUCGCCCUUUCAAAGCAGUGGUAGAGCACGAUUUCGCUACAGGGCCUUGCCUCAUCCCAAUCGAGCUUUCUCUCCACAAUUAUUCGCCAACCCAUCCGUUGAGAUAUACACUUCGCCUUUCCGGCGUACGAAUCACCCCACAUAAUCGACAUUCGUUCAUCGCGACAUACUCUGGACAACUCACACAUCAUGGGCAACUAGGUCCGCAGGAGAACGCCACAGCACGUGCUCAGCUACGUGCACCAUCUUCUGGCUCGUUUUCCAUCGAUGGGUGGCAAGUCGAGGUCGAGGUUGGCGAACCGAUAGCGCCGAGCGAUGAGAAUGAAGCGAAGGUAGAGUGGAAAUCACUCGCUCGAUACGCGCAACACCCUUCGGGCGCGGAGAGCACUGUUCUUGUGCGGAAUACCGUUCGACUUCAAGCGGAAGGUGACAGUAGAUAA